AUGCGUCCAGAAAUUGAACAGGAAUUAUCGCACACUUUGUUGACGGAGUUGUUAGCGUACCAAUUUGCAUCACCUGUUAGAUGGAUAGAGACCCAGGAUGUUUUUUUGAAAGACAACAACUCAGAAAGAGUUGUUGAAAUCGGGCCAUCUCCUACUUUAGCAGGUAUGGCCACAAGAACGAUCAAGGCCAAAUAUGGCUCAUAUGAUGCUGCUUUAUCAUUACAGCGUCAAGUGUUGUGCUAUGCUAAGGAUGCUAAAGAGAUAUACUAUACCCCUGAUCCCGCCGACCUUGCGGCAGCGGAAGAAGCAAGUAAGGGGGGCGAAGAGGCUUCUAAGUCUAAUGCCCCACCAGUUGCACAACCAGCAGCAGAACAUGCAGUAGCACCAGCACCAGCAGCAGCACCAGCGGCUGCUGGCCCAGCCGCCUCGGUUCCUGAUGAACCAGUUAAAGCAUCUCUCGUUUUACGCGCUUUAGUUGCGCAAAAGCUUAAAAAACCUUUGGACUCUAUCCCAAUGGCAAAACCUAUAAAAGAUUUGGUAAAUGGUAAGUCAACGGUUCAGAAUGAAAUUUUAGGAGAUUUGGGCAAGGAGUUUGGUUCGACACCAGAAAAACCAGAAGAUACUCCAUUAGAAGAGUUAGCUGAGCUGUUCCAAGACAGCUUCAACGGACAAUUGGGGAAGACUUCGUCUUCUUUAAUCAGUAGAGUUAUGUCCUCUAAGAUGCCGGGAGGCUUCACAAUAACGACUGCUAGAAAGUAUUUGGAAUCGAAAUUUGGUUUGGGUGCUGGUAGACAGGAUUCUGUGUUACUAUUAGCAUUGACUAACGAACCAAGCGCAAGAUUGUCUUCCGAUGCUGAUGCGCAGGAAUUUUUUAAUAGUAUGGCCCAGAAAUACGCUGGCAUGGAAGGAAUAUCUUUAUCAGCCGCUAGUUCUUCGGGCGGUGCCUCCGGUGGAAGUAAUGCUGUAGUUGACAGUGCUGCAUUAGAGGAACUCACUGCAGAAAAUAGGACAUUAGCUAAGCAACAACUUGAAGUCUUAGCGAGAUAUCUUAACAUCGAUUUGAAUAAAGGCAAGAAAUCCUUCCUUCAAGAGAAGGAUGCGUCAGGUGUUCUAAGAAAAGAAUUAGAUCUCUGGGAAGCAGAGCAUGGUGAGUACUAUGCUUCAGGUAUUAGACCUUUAUUUUCUCGUUUGAGGUCAAGAACCUAUGACUCCUACUGGAACUGGGCAAGACAAGAUGUAUUGUCUAUGUAUUUUGAUAUAAUCUUUGGAAGGUUGACAUCAAUUGACAGGGAGACAAUUAAUCAGUGUAUUAUGAUUAUGAACAGAUCCAAUCCAACGCUCAUCGAAUUUAUGCAAUAUCAUAUUGAUCAUUGUCCUGAAUAUAAAGGCGAAACUUAUAAGUUGGCGAAGAAGUUGGGCCAGCAGUUAAUUGACAACUGUAAACAAGUAUUGAAUGCAAGCCCAGUUUUUAAGGAUGUUUCCAAGAUUACAGCUCCAAAAACAACGAUAGACGCAAAAGGUAACAUUAAUUACGAAGAGAGUAAUAAGGAGUCAGUGAGAAAAUUCGAACAAUAUGUCUAUGAGAUGGCACAGGGUGGAAAGGUGACUAAGAUUUCUCACCCUACUGUUCUGGAAGAAUUGUCUAAGAUUUACAAAGCAAUUUCGAAACAAUCGUUAAUGUCUAAGAACACUAAAUUAGAAGUUCAAAAGCUCUACGAGCAAUUGGUAAAUUUCAUCGAAUCUUCUGGUGAAAUUGAGCAAAAGAUGCCACCUUCAACACAAUCAGGUAGCCCAACAUCAACUGAAGAUGAGCUGCUUUCAACUGCCUCUGAUGAUGAUGAAAUUGCUUCGUUGCCCGACAAGACUUCUAUUUUGCAACCUGUGUCCUCUACUAUUCCUCCCGAAACCAUUCCGUUCUUGCAUUUGAAGAAGAGAUCACAGGGCGCAUAUACUUACGAUCAAAAAUUAACUUCAACAUACUUGGAUGGAUUAGAAUCUGGAGCUGUGAAUGGUAUGACAUUUAAAAAUAAGUUUGUUUUAGUUACAGGAGCUGGCGCUGGCUCUAUUGGUGCCGAAAUCUUGAAGGGUUUGAUCAGUGGUGGUGCUAAAGUCAUAGUUACAACUUCCCGAUACUCUAGAAAGAUCACAGAAUAUUAUCAGACGAUGCAUUCAAGGUAUGGAUCUGCUGGUUCCACUUUGAUAGUUGUUCCUUUUAAUCAAGGUUCUAAACAAGAUGUCGAUGCUUUGGUAAACUACAUUUAUGAAGAACCAAAGAAAGGUGGAUUAGGAUGGGAUCUCGAUGCCAUCAUUCCUUUUGCUGCAAUUCCUGAGAAUGGUAAUGGUAUUGACGCUAUUGACUCAAAAUCAGAAUUAGCUCACAGAAUCAUGUUAGUUAACCUUUUGAGGUUACUAGGUGCUGUUAAAGCAAAGAAAUUAACAGACACGCGUCCAGCUCAAUGUAUUUUACCGUUAUCCCCCAACCAUGGUACUUUCGGAUUUGAUGGAUUGUAUUCUGAGUCCAAAGUCUCAUUGGAAACCUUGUUCAAUAGAUGGUACUCAGAAGAUUGGGGUACGAAGUUGACUAUUUGCGGUGCAAUUAUUGGAUGGACAAGAGGAACUGGCUUAAUGUCUGCUAAUAAUAUCAUUGCUGAAGGUAUAGAAAAACUAGGGGUUAGAACAUUUUCGCAGAAGGAGAUGGCGUUUAAUAUUUUAGGUCUCUUGACGCCUCAAAUUGUACAGCUAUGCCAAGAGGAGCCUGUUGUUGCUGAUUUGAAUGGUGGCUUACAUUUCCUCGAAAACUUAAAAGAUCUCACAUCGAAAUUGAGAACAGAUUUAUCUGAUACUGCAGACAUCAGAAGAGCAGUCUCCAUUGAAAAUGGUAUUGAGCAAAAAGUCAUUGAGGGUGAAAACAUUGAUGCGAAUUAUACAAAGGUUACUGUUCAACCACGUUCUAAUAUGAAGUUUGAAUUCCCCAAGUUAAAGACUUACGAAGAGAUCAAAGAUAUAUCUCCAAACUUAGAGAAUAUGCUUGACCUAGAAUCCGUGAUAGUAGUUACUGGAUUUGCCGAAGUCGGCCCUUGGGGUAAUGCUAGAACUAGGUGGGAAAUGGAAGCAUAUGGCGAGUUCUCUUUAGAGGGUACUAUUGAAAUGGCUUGGAUUAUGGGUUUAAUCAAAUACCACAAUGGUAAUUUGAAGGGCAAACCUUAUUGUGGCUGGAUAGAUGCCAAAACUCAGCAACCAGUCGAGGAUAAAGAUAUUAAACCGAAGUACGAAGAACAAAUUUUAGAGCACUCUGGUAUCAGAUUAAUUGAGCCAGAAUUAUUUGACGGAUACGAUCCUAAAAAGAAGCAAUUAAUUCAAGAAGUUGUUGUUCAACAUGACCUAGAACCUUUUGAGUGUUCGAAGGAGACCGCUGAGCAGUAUAAAUUGGAGCAUGGUGAGAAAUGCGAAAUAUUUGAAAUCGAAGGCUCUGGUGAAUACACAGUUAGGAUUUUGAAAGGUGCAACAUUAUAUGUUCCUAAGGCGUUGAAGUUUGAUAGGUUGGUAGCUGGUCAAAUUCCAACCGGUUGGGAUGCUCGUAGUUAUGGUAUUCCAGAUGACAUUAUCAAUCAAGUUGAUCCAAUAACUUUGUAUGUUCUUGUCUCCACUGUUGAAUGUUUGUUGUCGUCCGGUAUUACUGAUCCUUACGAAUUUUAUAAGUACGUGCAUGUCUCCGAACUUGGUAACUGUUCUGGUUCUGGUAUGGGUGGUGUUACUGCAUUGAGAGGUAUGUUCAAAGAUAGAUACACUGAUAAGCCAGUCAGGAAUGAUAUCUUGCAAGAAUCAUUUAUAAAUACUAUGUCUGCCUGGGUUAACAUGUUGUUAUUAUCUUCAUCUGGUCCCAUAAAAACUCCAGUGGGUGCUUGUGCAACUGCAGUUGAAUCGCUUGAUGUAGGUGUUGAAACUAUUUUAUCUGGAAAAGCCAAGGUGUGUAUCGUUGGUGGUCAUGAUGACUUCCAAGAAGAGGGAUCUUAUGAAUUCGCCAAUAUGAAUGCGACCUCUAAUGCUGAGAAAGAAUUUGAGCAUGGCAGAACUCCUCAAGAAAUGUCGAGACCUACCACGACAACGCGUAGUGGUUUUAUGGAGGCACAAGGUUCUGGUAGUCAAGUCAUUAUGAGUGCUGAUUUAGCACUUAAAAUGGGUGUUCCUAUUUAUGCUGUUUUGGCUAUGACAGCAACGGCAACUGACAAAAUUGGCAGAUCCGUUCCUGCUCCAGGUAAAGGUAUUCUUACCACAGCAAGAGAACAUCAUGGUAAUUUGAAAUAUCCAUCUCCAAUGCUCAAUAUGAAGUACCGUUCUAGGCAGUUGAAGAAUAGGCUCAACCAAAUUAAGGAAUGGGAAAAUUCUGAAAUACAAUUUUUGAAGGAAGAACUUUUGACAGCCGAGGAGCAAUAUGGUACAGAAUUCUCCGAAUCUGAAUAUUUGAGUGAAAGAACUGAAGAGAUACAUCGUGAGUCAAGAUGCCAAGUGUCUGAUGCUAAAAAACAAUGGGGUAACAAUUUCUUCAGGACAGACCCAAGGAUUGCACCUCUCAGAGGCUCAUUGGCUGUCUUCGGUUUAGAUAUUGACGACAUAGACGUCGCAUCAUUCCAUGGGACAUCUACUGUAGCCAAUGAUAAGAAUGAAUCGGCCACCAUUAAUGAAAUGAUGAAGCAUUUAGGUAGGUCUAAGGGUAAUCCAGUAUUUGGUGUCUUCCAGAAAUACUUGACCGGUCAUCCGAAGGGUGCUGCUGGUGCAUGGAUGUUGAAUGGUGCCAUCCAAAUUUUGAACUCUAGUAUUGUUCCUGGAAAUAGAAAUGCAGACAAUAUUGAUGAAGCUUUGAAGGAUUUUGAUUAUGUGUUGUAUCCUUCUAGAAGUAUCCAGACAGAUGGUAUCAAAGCCGUUUCUGUCACUUCUUUCGGGUUUGGUCAGAAAGGUGCACAGGCUAUUGUGAUCCAUCCCGAUUACUUGUAUUCAGUCUUAGACAAGAGUACCUUUACGGAUUAUGCAUCAAGAGUCGCCAUACGUAAUAAGAAGGCCUAUCGUUACAUGCAUAAUGCCAUUACUCGCUAUUCUAUGUUCAAGGCUAAGGAUAAAGCUCCUUACUCUGAUGAUUUGGAACAAUCAGUCUACUUGGAUCCUUUGGCUCGUGUUGAUCCGAUAAAGAACAACCAAUAUUCUUUUUCGAAGAAUUCCAUUCAAUCAAAGAACGCAUAUGUCAGCGAAGUUGCAAGUUCUACUGCGAAGGCAUUAUCAACCUUAAAUAAGUCAGGAAAGGGAGUGGGUGUAGAUGUUGAACUUUUAUCUUCACUUAAUCUUGAAAACCCUACUUUCGUGGAACGCAAUUUCACUGUCAAAGAACAGGCCUACUGUUCCAAUGCACCUGAUGCGAGAGCUUCGUAUACCGGCACUUGGACUGCUAAAGAGGCAGUAUUCAAAGCACUAGGAGUUAAAUCUAAAGGGGCUGGAGCUUCUUUGCUUGACAUUGAAAUUCUUAGGAAUGGCAAUGGAGGUCCAGUUGUAAAUUUGACUGGAGAUGCAAAAUCUGUUGCAAAACAAGCAGGGAUUUCUCAAAUAAACGUCUCAAUUUCUCAUGAUGAUCUUCAGGCGACAGCAGUUGCCUUGAGUGAAUUUGCUUAG